UCGUUGUUGGGGCUGGACCGGGACAGGAGAGCGAACGGACGGCUCUUCUGCUGGAAGUAAACGCGCAUCCAGGGCUUUAUUUCCCAUUUUCUUCCUCCCGCAUCCCCCUUUUCUUUCUCGGCUUUCCCUCCUGCUGAGAUGAGGCGAUAAUCAACAGAGGAUCAGCUGUUUACAAAGUUUUGAAGUUGUUGGAAAGAGUUCGGACAGGAGAAGAGGAAGAUGCUGGGGUUAGAGGUCAUCGUUCUCUGUCUUCUUUUUGGAGCCCUGACUCACGGCCAGCUAACAGAGUGCAGCAAGAAGAAUGAAUGUCCCAUAGACGUAUACUUCACCAUAGACACAUCUGAGACCAUUGCUCUGCAGGAGCCACCCCCUGGAUCACUGGUGGAGAGCAUCAAGUUAUUUGCAAAGCAGUUUGUACAGCGUUUAGAAGAUGCUGAAUUGAGAGGUGCUGUGCGGGUCACCUGGAACAUCGGUGGACUGCACUUCUCCCAAGAACAGCGGGUGUUCAGCCGUAUCGGAUCCAAGAGUGAUUUUCUGACAGGUGUCGAUGGAAUCCGUUACCUGGGUAAGGGCACCUACAUUGACUGCGCCCUCACCAACAUGACCCAGGAAAUGCUGCGCUCACCCUCAGACCCCAAGGCUCUCCGAUUUGCUGUGGUCAUCACCGACGGCCAUGUGACUGGAAACCCAUGCGGGGGCAUCAAAGUGGCAGCAGAGAGGGCUCGUGAUGAGGGCAUCCGGAUGUUUGUCGUGGCGGCAUCGAAGAACCUUGAAGAGACAGGUUUGAGGGAGAUUGCCAACUCUCCAGCAACGGUCUACAGGCGGGACUUCAUGGCUGUGGAUCUGAGCCAGGGCAGAGCCAUCAUACACACAGACACCAUUGACCGCAUCAUCAAGACGAUGAAACAUUUGGCGUUUGUAGAGUGUUACAGUGUGUCCUGUCUGGAGACACCAGGGCCUCCCGGUCCAAAAGGCCACAGAGGACAAAAAGGAGCUAAAGGAGACAACGGCGAUCCAGGUCUCAAAGGAGGAAGAGGUCGCCCAGGAGACCCCGGUAUCGAGGGUCCCAUCGGUCAGCCCGGUACCAAAGGAGAACCAGGUUUUAAAGGCGAGAAGGGAGAGAUAGGUACUCAGGGGAAAAAGGGUGUGUCUGGCAUCCCAGGACGCAAUGGGACAGAUGGACAGAAGGGUAAAAUUGGACGGAUCGGUGCUCCUGGCUGCAAAGGAGACCCAGGCGACAAAGGUCCUGAUGGUUACCCCGGAGAUGUUGGUGAACGUGGUCUCGCUGGAACUGGCGGAGAAAAGGGUGAUCCCGGUCGCCCUGGAAGAUCUGGUCCCUCUGGUCGGCCUGGAGAGCCUGGACCAAAGGGAGAGAGAGGAAGUCCUGGAUCACCUGGUAUUCCUGGACAGAAAGGAAAUCCAGGAAUUCCAGGAAAUCCGGGAGACAAAGGGGAGCCGGGGAGAAGAGGAGACUAUGGGCAAAAGGGUGCUCAAGGGCCGGAUGGAGUUAAGGGAGAUAAGGGUGAAAUGGGGCCAGAGGGCUCGAGAGGACUUCCAGGUGAAUCAGGAAACAAAGGAACAAAGGGAGACAAUGGCCUGCCAGGCCCCAGGGGACCACCGGGGUUAGCAGGAGACCCUGGGAGAAAUGGUACCAGAGGAGAUCCUGGUGAUGCUGGGCCAAGAGGAGAACCUGGACAGGUUGGACCAAAGGGGGAUCCUGGAAGACCUGGCUUUAGCUAUCCCGGGCCAAGAGGACCAUCGGGUGACAGAGGAGAGAAUGGCAAUCGUGGACCUCGUGGUAGCAGAGGAGACUGUGGUCAAAAGGGUGAGCCUGGAGAUAAAGGAACUGUGGGAGAGGAAGGUGAGUCAGGACAUCAGGGAGAACCUGGCCUAAGAGGAUCAAGAGGAGAUCCCGGACGUGACGGAGAUUCUGGACCUGAGGGGGACCCCGGCCUCACUGAAUGUGAUGUCAUGAACUACAUCAGGGAAACGUGUGGCUGCUGUGACUGUGAGAAACGCUGUGGACCCCUGGACAUUGUGUUUGUGAUCGACAGCUCAGAGUCAGUGGGUCUGACUAACUUCACCCUGGAGAAGAAUUUUGUCAUCAACACCAUCAACAGACUUGGAUCCCUUGCCAAAGACCCUAAGUCAGAAACAGGAACAAGAGUGGGAGUUGUUCAGUACAGUCACAGUGGAACCUUCCAGGCCAUCCUGCUCGACGACCCCAAGAUUGAUUCACUGUCUGCUUUCAAGGAUGCAGUCAAGCGAUUGGAGUGGAUUGCUGGAGGAACAUGGACUCCAUCCGCUCUGAAGUAUGCCUACGACAAUCUGAUCAGGGACAGCCGUAGAGCCAAAGCCAACGUCACCGUGGUUGUCAUCACUGACGGACGAUUCGACCCCAGAGAUGACGACUCGCUGCUCACCUACCUCUGCAGUGAUCCCAGUGUUGAUGUGAGUGCCAUCGGUAUCGGAGACAUGUUCGACCAGAUUGAGGAGAAUGAGAGUCUGAAAAGCAUCGCUUGCCAGAAGGAUGGCAGGGUGCUGGGCAUGAGGCGCUUUGCAGACCUAGUGGCUGAGGAGUUCAUCGACAAGAUUGAAACUGUGCUCUGCCCAGAUCCUGUCAUCAUAUGCCCUGAUCUCCCUUGUAAAUCAGAGCCUGCAGUGGCUAGCUGCGUUCAGCGGCCAGUGGAUGUGGUGUUCCUAUUGGAUGGUUCUGAGAGGAUGGGACUGGAGAACCACCGCAGGGCCAAAGAGUUCAUCGAGAAUGUGGCCCGCCGUCUCACCCUGGCCAACGGCGAGACAGAUGAGAGGAAUGCCCGUGUGGCUCUGCUGCAGUAUGGCAGCCCUACAGAACAGAGAGUGGAGUUCCCGCUUACACAUAAUCUCACAGUGAUCUCUGAUUCACUGGCAGGAGUGACCUACAUGGACUCCUCCUCUGCUCUGGGCAGCGCUAUCAUCCAUGCUGUCAACAAUGUGUUGAUCGCACAGGGAAAACGUGCCGGUCGUCGCCACGCCGAGCUGGCCUUUGUGUUCAUCACUGAUGGCAUCACAGCCACCGAGCAGCUGGAUGAGGGUGUGACUUCCAUGAGGCGAGCAGAAGGUGUUCCCACGGUGAUCGCCAUGGGAACAGACACAGAUGAGGAGGUGCUGCAGAAGGUGUCGCUAGGGGACAUGUCGGCCAUCUUUAGAGGAGAUGAUUACACCAUGCUGAACAAACCCUCAUUCUUUGAGCGCUUUGUCCGCUGGAUUUGCUAGUGAGGAACUGUAACGCUCUACACCAUAGAAUUAGAAACCACAGAAUGAAAGAAGGGCCAGCUCCUUCAGCGUACACGUAAACACACAUACAGAGGCACCAACGAACCUCUGCCAACAUUAUCAUUACUGGACAUAAGGCACUGAGACGCUACAUAUCCAGUUUAUAUGGGUGAAGAUUAAUUUACAGAAGCCAGAACAAUCCACGUAGGACCAGCUGAGACACACACACACACACACACACACACACACUUAAGCAUGCAGUAUUAUAUGUAACUUGGUUGUUCUAUUCAUUCUGAAUCUAUGGUCAGAACUUCCAACCAAAGACACUCAUAAAUAUCCCAGAGGAGAGGUGUAUGUUUAUUGAAUGUGUAUGAAACAAAUUGUAGGCUUUAUUUUUUGUUUUAUUUUGUACUGAUGUGCAGAAAAGUUCUCUCUCUCUCUCCCUCCCUCUCUCUCUCUCUCUCUCUCUCUCUCUCUCUCUCAGUCACAAAGUCAGUAUUUACAUUAAAGGUGCUAAACUAGAAAUAAAGGACAAAGCCAUCUGACUGAUUCUAAAAAAAACUUUUUUUUACAUCAUGUUAUGCUGUAAUUACUGUAGUUUGUUCAGGGGAUUAAAACAUAAAAAUAUCUUCUCCAGGGACAAGAUAUUACACCCCACACUCAGCCACACAAGAGUCACACACACUCACUCACUCACACACACUCACACACACACACACACACACACACACACACACACACACACACACACACACACACACACACACACACACACACACACACACACAUGCUGUAGUUAAUUACACAAACAUAAAAGAAACAAAUCUGUAAACAUGAAGUCCAAAUAAAGCCUAAUGUGGUGACCCCAA